CUCCACUGUGUGGCGUCGGGAGUUUUCUCCCUCUUCACGGCGUCAUCCUUCCGUCAGCGAGCCCUCAGCUUUCUUUCCCUGAGGCCCUCUCCUGCCCCUCGAGAGAACGCGGCGAGUAAGGCCACGCGCGCGGGGCGCCAUGAAGGUCCGCCGCCUGACUAGCGCGGCCGCCGCGGCGGCGGAGCCGCAAGCCGGUUGAGGAGGGCCCGGCGCUGGGCCGAGGCAUGUGGAGCGCCGGCGGCAGCCUGCUCCAGUCGCUGCCCCGGCUUCUGCAGUACGCCGCCGCCCUCCCGGGCCACACCGAGCCGCCGCCGCCAGCCGGCUGGGCCCUGCCGCGGGCGGCCGGCGGGGACGGCCCGGCGGAGCGUCUGCCCCCGCGCGGGGGCGGGGCGAGCGCGGCGGCGGUGGCGGCGGCCGCCCCGGGGGCGCUGCUCGGCGCCUGUCUGGAGCGCCACGCUCUGUCCGACGCCUCAGAGCUGCCGGGGCCGGGCGGGGCGUUAGCGGGCGGCCCGGGGGGCGGCGGCGUGGUGGUCGACGUGGCCGAGGUGAGAAGCUGGCGCUGCUGCUGCCUCGGCAGCACCUGUUGGUGCCGGAGCCUGGUGCUGGUCUGCGUGCUGGCCGCCGUGUGCUUCGCUUCCCUGGCCCUGGUCCGCCGCUACCUGCAGCACCUCCUGCUCUGGGCCGAGAGCCUCGACUCGCUGCUGGGGGUCCUGCUCUUCGUCGUGGGCUUCAUCGUGGUCUCGUUCCCCUGCGGCUGGGGCUACAUCGUGCUCAACGUGGCGGCCGGCUACCUGUACGGCUUCGUGCUGGGCAUGGGGUUGAUGGUGGUGGGCGUCCUCAUUGGCACCUUCAUCGCCCACGUGGUCUGCAAGCGGCUGCUCACCGCCUGGGUAGCCGCCAGGAUCCAGAGCAGCGAGAAACUCAGCGCCGUCAUCCGCGUCGUGGAGGGGGGCAGCGGCCUCAAAGUGGUGGCGCUGGCCAGGCUCACCCCCAUACCUUUCGGGCUGCAGAACGCAGUGUUCUCGAUCACUGACCUCUCCUUACCCAACUAUUUGGUGGCGUCUUCAGCUGGCCUGCUUCCUACCCAGCUCCUGAAUUCUUACCUGGGCACCACCCUGAGGACCAUGGAGGAUGUCAUUGCAGAGCAGAGCGCUAGUGGAUAUUUUGUUUUUUGUUUACAGGUAUCUUUGUCUGCUUUUGGUAUCAGGGUGAUGGUGGCCUCACAAAAUGAGUUUGGAAGUUUUCCUUCCUCUGCAGUUGUUUGGAACAGUUUCAGAAGGAUUAUUAUAAGUAUAGGCCUCAUGUUUUAUGUAGUUCAUCGAGCUCAAGUGGAAUUGAAUGCAGCUAUUGUAGCUUGCGAAAUGGAACUGAAAACCUCUCUGGUUAAAGGCAAUCAACCAAAUAUCAGUGGCUCUUCAUUCUACAAGAGGACCCUAACAUUUUCUGGAGAUGGAAUCAAUAUUGUAUAAUUCUAAUGAAAUGUGUAAUUAUCAAGAGCCUAGUGUGCUGUCCAAGAUCUAGCAGUUCCCUUACUGCUGGGCAGGGAUGCAAGUUUUAAUUGUCUUAUGGCACACACACACACACAGACGCACACACACACACACACAAAUGACUAGUUUUUAAAUUGCACAGUUUUUAAAAACAGGAAUCAUUUUCUGGAUAUGUAAGUGUAAAUGUCGAUGCACCUUUGGCUGCAGCUCUUUAUCAUUUAUUAUGCCCUUAGUGGCCUGUAAGUCUGCGCUUUAGGUUUUGGGGUUUUUGUUUGUUUUUUUUUUUUUGUCAUUAUUUUCUUUAUGAGUACUUAUGAACAGAAAAAUAAUCCAAAUAUUUUUCUGUUUAGUGUCUUCAUUUAUAAAGAUUAUGAAUAGUUGUAUGUGUCUUUCCUGCUUAUAAAAAUGAGUAAAAGUAUGUAAUUUUAAAUGUAUAAUAUUAUUGGAUGUUCUUUGCUUUUGUAGUGUUUCCAGAAAGGAUAAAUGAUGUCUUGUUGUGUUUUUUUUAAUGUUUUAGUUGGAACCACUUUGCUUUCCUUUUCCUUGCUAGUUAGAAAACAGACAUGAACUUUUGUUUAAAUGUAUUUUUGCAAGGAUCAAAUUGUUACACCUAUACACCCAAGUUUAAAUCCUACAUUGUGGGACUGAAGUGCUCUUAAGAUACCUUUUUUUAUUUUUGCUGUGUAAUAUGCAAAGCGAAAGGGAAAUUAUUUAAUGCGUAGUGGCUCAAAUUAGAACUUGUGUUCUAAUUUCACGUCAUUGGCUUUAGCCUCCUUAGGUCUUCCAUCAAAGGGCUGUCCUAUUACAGUCUUACUGAAAAUUUUAUUAAAAUAAACUUCUUUUCUUUUUGUAUUCAUUAUUAGGCUUUGAAAUAAAGAUGUUAUUCCUUUAAAGUGGUGGCUUGCAAUCACUGAAGAUGUCACUCUGGUGGCCUUGUUUGAUCAAAAUGCCUAUCUAAAAAAUUAAGCUUUAAAAUCAGGUUUAUAAUUCUGUUGAAGUACAUAUAUAUUUGUCCCCAUAGUCUUCAGCUUUAAAACUGUAAGUAAUGUUAUCUUGAUGCCCAGAUUUGUAUUAUAUAUUUGCCCUACUAUAGAGUAGGCUUAUUUUGUUUGUUUUUUGGUACUUGUUUUCCUCUGAUAAGACUCAGGAAUUCUGAAAUGUGAAAUUAAGUCUCAGUUCUUUUUCCUGUAGAAUGAAUUGAGUGUAUUUAUUAAUAGUACUUAUGUGUAUAGAAUAUAAUAAUUUGGUAUAUGAUUCAUAUGACAUUCAUUUAUCACCUUAUAUUUUUAAAGAAGCUUAAUUGUGAUCUUAAUGAUUAGUUUAUUUUACAGUGGAGAUUAUCAAUAUGAAUGCAGAUUUUCUGGUAUGUAUCUGUUUUUUAGCUAUGAAGGUGCCACCUUAUCAGAGACCUCCCAUUUGCCUUUUCAUUAGGGUAAAAUCUUUACCCUGAUUUACUAAAGUGCAAAAGAAUUAUUUAGAAGCAAUUAUUUUAAUUUUAUGCUACAGAUACAUUUAAUCAUUUUAGUAUAUAAAUUUCUGCCCUGUUGCAGGUAUAAUUAUUUCCCUUUCCUUCAUAAUGAAUAAGUUUUCUCACCUUUGAAUAGCAGUGAAGUUUGUUUUUAUGUCUAUACCAAGUUCUUUUGGUAUAGUCCAGAUGAUUUUAUAGGGACCUGGGUCUAUAGCAGUCAACUGACCUACAAAUCUUUCCUUCUUUUAUUGAUAGAAAAAUACCAUUGAAAUGUUAUUCUUUUUUUAAAUCCUAAUUAAUUGUUUAGUUUCUUUAGUAAUUAUUUUAGUUUAAUUAUCCUAAUAAACAAUGAUUUGAUUUAUUCUUGUCUAACUUGAAAGUAUUUAUCUUGUGCUUUCUGUUUGUUUAGUUUUUUUUAUAAAGAAAUUAAUAAUUUAAGAUCACUACUUUCAUACACUUGUAUUACACUUCAUGUAUUUUGAAGUGCAUUUAUUUACUUUGGCAUUUUGUAACUUGAAUAAUUUUGCCAAAUGAAAAACUUUUGGUAGUUUGUCAUGAGUUUUUCCAACUGUUGCAUUUUGCUUAGUACUUAAAUAUGUAAAGGUAAAAGAGAAGUAAUUUUUCUAUAUUCUUCCAACAUGAUUUUAUAUAAUAAAAUCAUCCAUUUUUACUUAAAAUAGUAUGGAUGUACUAUUUUUAAAGCAUUAAUCUAAAACUGCAGUUUUCCUUUUGUUCAUCAUUUCCAGCCUCCACAUAAACUGUUAUCCCUUAUAGUCAUGCUAUUUGAUAGCUGCAUUUGGUUGCUGUUUUUUUAUUAAUAUAUGUGCUGUCUAUAAAUUGUACAAAACAUGCUGUAUUGACAAAACAUAUACAAUGUUAUAUUCAUUCCAUCUUUAACCCACAUGCCAGUUUUCUGGCAGCAAGAAAUUUCUAUAGGAUCCUUUUUAUGUUGCCCUAAUAUUGCCUCCAGUCAUAGAGUAUAUAUUAAUAUAUAUAUUAUAUAUUGGAUUUCUUAAAUAUAUAUAUUUACAUAUAUAUAAAUAAUAUAUAUAUUGGAUUUUUUUAUUUCUCAAAUCAUUUAAGAUUUGGAUUCUCAAAUCAUUUAAAGUACAGUUAAAGUUGCUUUAUGCUUAUUUUUAAAAGCACGCAAUACACUUGUUUCAAACCUUUUGAAAGAUAUGUGCUGUUUUUAAUUCUUUGGACCUUUUUCUUAGUUUUCCACAUUUUCUGGUUUAUUAUUAAUGAUUUUGCUUACUCUUUGCCAAGUUUUAUCUUGUGAAUUAUUUUUAAACAGCAACUUCCCCUUUUAAAAACAUGUACAUAAUAAUUUACUACAUGUUUUCAUGUCCAUUUUCAUUUGAUCAUGUGAUUUGUGAAAUAACUUGAAAUCUAUACUUUGGUUUGUGAAAAUAAUAGAACCAAAUCUCUGUCGUUAGAAUGUAUAUUUUGAGUUGAUGUUCAGAAGUGAGUUUGUGGAUUUGUUCAGAGCCAGCCAUACUCUCCUUGUAUGUACUUUGUAACCAGUUGCAAAACUUUCUAAGAAGACUUUCCCAUGAUUAGAUCAAGCUUAUGACUAUAAAGCAUUUCCUUCCUUGAGAAGCUAUAUAAUUCAGUAUCUACUCUUAUUUACCAUUGCUGUAACUGAGCUAAGUGGUGGAGGCUAUUAGCAUAUACCAGUAUGCGUUUGUUAAUGUGCAAUGCCAAUUGGAGCUAUUCUUAGGAAAGGUGCUGUGGCUUAUGUACAUCUACAGUUGUAGGACUGUCUUUAGAAUGCUGAAAGUUGCUAAGUAUAUGCCAGGUUGAUACAGGUAAAUUCUGAGGUACAUGGUAAAUCCAUGCUGUUCAAAACCAGUCACCAUGUGCAGAGAAAAAGAGAGGUUUAAUGAGGACCUCAGGAAUAAUGAUACUAAGUUAUUGACUUAAGUGAUGGAAUUUUGUUUCAAACACAAGCCACUUAGUGUACCAGAAUGGUAGUCAGAGUAACACUAGUUGGUUUUUAAAUUUUACAUUGCUGAUUCUGUUAAUAAUAAACUGCUUAGGAUAUACUUUUUUAAUGGUCAUGUCUUUAACCUGAAAAACUUAAGUGGAAUACUUGUUCCACAGGAUAUUUAAAACUAAGGAAUUCCAAUAACCUCGCAUAUUUUGAAAGUAAACUGUUAACUGAUUCAGCAACUGAAUUAUAACUUGGUACUUCCGAAUGGCAAAGUGAUUGCUGUAAACUAUUUUCUAAGGUAGCUGAAGGUUUAAAAUAGAUAAUUCUAAAGGUAAAUCAGUAAAAUCUCUUGAUAAUUGGUAUCCUAAAUCACUUGUGUGCCUGAGAAAAUAAAGGUUAUGUUUUAUUUUC